AUUAUAGCUAAAAUACUAGGUGCAAUAGUUUUAGAGAAAAAAACAAAUGCUUUUGUAUGUUCAAAAAAAAACUCAAAUCAGUAAAAAAAUGGCCGCUUGACAUUGACAUAAGUCAAUUGCGUUGCCCUAUGGCUAUGGAUGACACGGGACUGUUCUCGCGUUCUCAGUGUUAUGUGAUCUGUGAGCUGAAAGUACAAAGUGCGUAAUGAGGUUGUGGUGCCUAAUUAAUGCUAAUUAAUCUAUGUGUAAUCACUGUAAUCUGUACGAAAACUGUCUUUUCUGUACUUCACGGGCCUGCCUGCAAGUUGAAAGAUAAAAUAUUUGAAGUGCUUGUGCAGCAGGGACAUAUUUUAAGAGGAUUGGUUACGGAAACCUUGGCUGAAGUCAAACAACUGAAAGACGAGCUGGUGGCAAAGAAACAGACAUCAAAUACAACAAAAAGUUUCUUUUCUUCAAUUUCACUGAACUUUCCCUUAUCUUCAGAUGAAGAUGUCCUGCUAUUUGAAAACUAUUUGGCUGAUACCUCAAAUUUCAAUAAUGCAGUAGCUUGUCAAGAUUGGAGGCAUAAAGUCCUACGAUUUCAUAGCUCGAGUAGCAAAAUUAAUUUUAUCCAAUGAACUGGCUAUGAAAUACAGUUGGCUGGGCCGUAAAGGAAAAAAAAAUUUCAAAUAUGAAAAUUGCAGAUUUGCUAAUUGAGUCAUUGCUUGCUACAACAUUGGUAAAGUCAAAAAAGGAGGCUGAAACAGCAAUUCAGUUAUGGCUGAGAAGAGCAUCUGAUAGAAAUACCUAUCAAAUGAAUAAAAAACUUUAAACUUACGCUAUACAUUGUAUUUUCCAUUCCAAAAUAUAUGG